AUAGAUCUCGUUUAUAAAUAUUUUACACUGUUCAAGAUAUUUAGCAAACCUUAUCAUAAUAUUUUUUUUUUAAAUUAUAAAUGGGAUUUAUACAAAUUUCUAAAACUUUGUUAACUCCUCCCCUAUAUGGAAGUUUUCCAUUGGAUCAUGAUGGAGAAUGCACGUCCUUAAUGAAAGCCUAUUUACAUUGUCUUCAAACACAUCACUAUGAGCAAUCACAGUGCAAAAAUAUGGCAAAAGUAUAUUUACAAUGCCGAAUGGACCGGUUUGCAAAAUCUUCAUAAUAAUCAAAAUAUCUAACACAUCAAGAUCGCUAUUUCAGUCACGCGAAAUGCGUGAUUUAGGAUUUCAAAAGUUAUAUUCAGAAACACAAACAAUUGAACAACUA